GCCCCUUUUCUGCCAGCCGUCGGGUGGCGCGGGGACAGCUCGCUCCGGCUGUGGCCGCGGCGGCUACGCGCUGGGCGGUGGGUUUUUGCACAAAUACUGUUUGCGGUAAGGGCUUGGCUGCUCACCCGGGCUGGGAGAGGGAUGCUGUCUCUUGGGCCAAGCCUUGCUAGUCAGGCUCCGGUGAGGCUGGCGACGUCAGCGCCACCGGCAGACUGUCCCCUCGGGGGCUGCUGCGCUGGGGCGAAAAGAGCCUUCCCGAGCUCCUUUUGCUCCGUGUAUGUGCGGAUUACCCCAUACAAUCCCUGAGCAGCGGUUACUAGAAAACAUGUCAUGUGAAAUAAUAAAUCUUGAUUUUCUUUUUUUUUAAAGAAGCAGGUGAAGAAAAAUAUGCAGGUAGACCAUACUUUAAAACGGACCUAAAAUGUGUUUCUGCCUCAGAAAGACCAGACAAGAGGGCUGAUAAUUAAAAGGACAGUAGACCUGGAAGUCUGUCUGUGGGGAGGAUCAGCUCCAAAAGUCAAAAUGAGGUCACCUGAAAAAGGAAUUUGUAUGAUGCCUUUGGGGAAAUGGACUGAAUGCUUGGCAAGGGAGAGCUAUCCACCUGAAGUCUGACUCGAACAAGGCUUUUCCUCCAAUAACACUCGUAUUUAGUACUGUCAGUAGCAAACCUCAUAGGAUAUCAGGCAGUCUGACAUGAGCUUUACUGGCAGAAACGCCCCCGUUGUUGUAAGCCUCCAUCUGUUCCAGACAGGGGUACUGGUGCUGCUCUGGGUAGGGUUGGUUCAGUCCCCGGCAGGAAAUCAAGAGACAAACUAGCGAGCUGUGACAGCUAACUGGCUGUAAAGGACCCUACAGCUGUAGAAAGAGCAAAUUUACUGAACAUGGCAAAAUUGAGUAUCAAAGGACUCAUUGAAUCAGCUCUGAGCUUUGGCCGCACUCUGGAUUCUGACUACCCACCUUUGCAGCAGUUCUUUGUUGUCAUGGAGCACUGCCUGAAGCAUGGCCUUAAAGUAAGAAAAUCCUUUCUAAGUUACAAUAAAACCAUCUGGGGACCUCUGGAACUUGUGGAGAAAUUAUAUCCAGAAGCUGAGGAGAUAGCAGCAAGUGUCAGAGAUUUGCCUGGCCUUAAAACACCACUGGGCCGUGCUCGGGCCUGGUUACGGUUAGCACUAAUGCAGAAGAAAAUGGCUGACUAUCUUCGCUGUUUAAUCAUUCAGAGAGAUCUUCUCAGCGAAUUUUAUGAGUAUCAUGCACUAAUGAUGGAGGAAGAAGGAGCAGUUAUUGUUGGGCUAUUAGUUGGGUUAAAUGUGAUAGAUGCUAACCUGUGUGUGAAGGGAGAAGACCUAGAUUCACAAGUUGGGGUGAUCGAUUUCUCUAUGUAUUUAAAGAGUGAUGAUGACAUUGGGGGUAAGGAAAGAAAUGUACAGAUUGCUGCAAUUUUGGACCAAAAGAAUUAUGUUGAAGAGCUAAACAGACAAUUGAAUAGCACAGUUAGCAGUCUACAUGCAAGAGUUGAUUCACUAGAAAAAUCAAACACCAAACUGAUUGAAGAGUUAGCAAUAGCCAAAAACAAUAUAAUUAAACUUCAGGAAGAAAACCAUCAGUUAAGGAGUGAAAAUACUCUUAUUUUAAUGAAAACACAGCAUCAUCUAGAGGCAACUAAAGUGGAUGUUGAAGCAGAACUUCAGACAUACAAACACUCCAGGCAGGGUUUAGAUGAAAUGUACAAUGAAGCACGUAGACAACUUCGAGAAGAAUCACAGCUUCGUCAAGAUAUGGAGAAUGAGCUAGUGGUUCAAGUCAGUAUGAAACACGAGAUAGAACUUGCCAUGAAGCUGCUGGAGAAGGACAUCCAUGAGAAGCAGGAUACCCUCAUAGGCCUUCGACAGCAGCUUGAUGAAGUUAAAGCAAUUAAUAUGGAAAUGUACCAAAAGCUGCAGGUUUCUGAAGAUGCUAUGAAAGAAAAGAAUGAAAUAAUUGGUCGAUUAGAGGAUAAGACCAAUCAAAUUAAUGCAACUAUGAAACAACUAGAACAAAGAUUGCAGCAAGCAGAGAAGGCUCAAACGGAGGCUGAGGCCGAGGAUGAGAAACUUAAACAGGAAUAUGUGAAUAAAUCUGAAAGUCUGCAGAAAGAAUUCUCGCAGAAGGAGAAACAGCUGCUUCAGCUGGAAACAGAUUUGAAGAUAGAAAAAGAGUGGCGGCAAACCUUAGAGGAUGAUCUUCAAAAGGAAAAGGAAACUGUAUCUCAGCUGAGAAUAGAGACCCAAGAAAUAAUUAACCUUAAAAAAGAGUUCCUUAAACUUCAGGAAAAGAACAAGCAACUGAGAAGGAUAUGUCAAGACCAAGAAGCUGCUCUCCAAGAACUGGCGUCCAAGCUGAGCGAAUCAAAGCUGAAAAUAGAAGAUAUAAAAGAAGCGAACAAAGCGUUGCAGGGCCAGGUGUGGUUGAAGGACAAAGAGGCUACACAUUGCAAGUUAUGUGAAAAGGAAUUUUCUCUUUCCAAAAGGAAGCAUCACUGUAGAAACUGUGGUGAGAUCUUCUGUAAUGCCUGUUCUGACAAUGAACUGCCUCUGCCUUCUUCACCAAAGCCUGUUCGGGUCUGUGAUUCCUGCCAUGCAAUACUUAUACAGAGGUGCUCCUCUAACGUGCCAUGAGAUUAUUUUGCAAGAUAUUUAUUACCUUUUGGUAUUUAGUUAAUCCUGUAAAAAAAA